GUCACUAUACGACAGGCGUCAUUCUAAGAACCAAUGAGAUCGUGCUGUAACGUAUCAAUCGGAACGACCUUCUUGUCCGCGGCUCCUGAAAGGUGGCGUCACCCACAAUGAGCUGGUAGUUGUGGAGAGCUAGAUCAACACUACUGUUAUUUUCCCACGUGCUCUGUUAGCGGAGGCAGUGAUUUCUACAGUGUACAAAUUUCGCCUAGAAUGAUGGAAACCGACUCUUCACAGACCACUUCGGGGAGCCUUAACGAAACCCAGAACGACUUUGGGAAAAUGUUUAUAGGAGGCUUAAGCUGGCAAACAGCUCCAGAGACUCUGAAGGAGUAUUUUGGGAAGUAUGGAGACAUCACAGAAGUAAUGGUAAUGAAAGACCCGUCCACGAGGAGAUCUCGUGGUUUUGGGUUUAUCACUUUUGCUGACCCAAACUCCGUAGAUAAAGUGUUAUCCAAUGGUCCACACGAGUUAGACGGCAAGAAGGUCGAUCCAAAGGUAGCUUUUCCAAAACGGGCACACCCGAAGAUGGUCACAAGAACAAAAAAGAUUUUCGUCGGGGGUCUUUCAGCAUCAACUACUCUGGAAGACGUAAAGAACUACUUUCAACAGUAUGGAUUGGUAAGUACAGUGUCUUAUGUUUGUUAA